AUGGCCGGCGGCAGUUCGGUUCGCGCGACAAUCCCUAAUGCCCUAAAUAAAAAAAUAAAAAAUAAAAACAAAAAUACACCAUGCCCGGUCCUUUUGCACUUUGUUGCCCCCAAAGGCAUCAACCCCGCCCGCGUCACUGUACACAAGGCCCUCGCAGCAGCAGCAGCAGCUUGCACAAGACCCGUGCGGCAAGGCGGCACAAGGCCGGCGCGUCGUCGUUGCCGCUCGGGGCGAUUUGAGCAAGCAGGAGCAGCGCUUGCGUCGAAUCAGAAACACUCUGGCGGCGCUGAGGCUCUGGCGGGACGGGACGGCGUCGCGUUUCUCGUCUCGUUGCGCCUGCGUUGUUGUUGGGUGGAUGGCCCCCCGGGCAAUUGUCCCUCCUCGUUGACCAACGGCCGCACGGAGACCAACCAGGACCAACAUCACGAGCCAAGGUCUACAAAGUGCAGCCCGCCCUCCAUCCCGAAAUAG